CCUAUCGCUGGAUCCAGCCUUGGCCCGGUCAAAGCGACGUCGUCAACGACCAAUUGAGCAACCAACCCUGCCGGACACUGAUCGAUAGCAAAGCCAAUCGAAAAUGUCGGGCAGAUAUGCUUUUGCCAAGGGCCUGAAGGAGCUCCGGUUCCUGUUUUGCCAGACGGCAGAGCACAGCUCAGCGACGCGGUCUUUUCUCACACGAGCGUAUCCUAUCAUGAAGAAGAACAACCCGACGAUACCGAUCAUGCUGCGGGAAGCCCAGGGCACUCUCCCAAGAGUUUACGCGAGAUACGAGUAUGGCCGGGAGAAAAGCAAGACAUUAGAAGGUCUCUCGGACAAGGAGAUUGAGGAGGCUGUUACACAACUUGUUAAGAACGAGGCAUAGCGCUUGCCGCAAUGAAGCAAAAAUAAGCUGUGAACAUUCAGUUGGGCCGGCUGUGGUGUCUAUAGUAGUGCGGGCCAAGGAGAAGCAUCAUGCAGGGGCAUCUGGAUGAGGCAUACUCCAUCGAUGAAAGCUCUCUGAAGUCUUGACAGCCGAAAUAAGUACAGAGCCUCCUCAAUGGUUAGUAGCUGAGCUGAUCUCGAGAGAGGUGGGCAUGAUGGGAACGUCCUGGAGGCCAAGGAGAACGAGCAUUGUUAGCAGGUGCAGUAUACUCUCUAUUUGUAUGUAAAUGCUCCGCCCGCUAUGCAUGAUAUGUAAAUACAACUACCUUCUAAUGCAACAAAGGGCCCUUGUGUUCGAUCACAAGCGUCUCCAAAAAC